GGAGCUUUGUGCUUUCAUCAGUGAUUCAGAGAAUAACGAAUCCCAAGAUGCAGCCGUGCUGGAGCAGCACACAGAAGACCCCCCUAGUAAAAAAAUCAAGAUGGAUGCCGUGGAGACGGACGUCCAAUCAAAAGGCGACUCUGCCGUGGUUCCCACGGUGAUGGAGGAAGGCGACGCCAAGCCAGCGGACUCGGACGUGUGUGCGGUGUGCCUGGGAGUUCUACAGGAGUUCUGUGAUGAAGCCUAUGCCAUAAAGAUAUCGGAUGUGGUGAAGGCCAAAAACUACCAGUUUGACACGAUGGUACUGUCUGUCUCCCUGCCGGCCCAGCUGUCUGUCAGAGAGCACUCUUGUUGGCUGCAUGUAAAGAAGGAAGUGAGGGAGAAGUCUAUAUGCCUCGAUAAGGAUGAUGUCAUCCAGGUGAAGGAGGCCUUCAAGUGGACCAUGCAGGGUCUGAUGUCCAAAGAGCUUGGUGGCGUACCUAUCAGUCGACAAACUGAACAGUUUGAGGUGGGCGUGGGGUUCACACAUCCAGAGACGGACUCAGACUGCCACUUCCUGGCUGGCAUCUGUUCAGACUGCUUCAGACCAACUAAGAACAAACAGAAUGUCUUCACUAAAAUGGCCGUGGUCAAAGCCCUCGAGAAGGUUUCCGAUGAGAAGUUUCUAAAAAAGUUCCCCUGUCCCCCUACACGGCCAGCGAGGAAAUGCAUCGCUCAAGAGGUCCAGUGUCUUCACGUUUCUGUAUUUGUGGCGGGGAGGUACAACAAGUUCUCCCGCACCCUGCCCCAGACCCCCUGGGUGAUUGACGGAGAGGAGAGGAUGGAGUCCUCGGUGGAGGAGCUAAUCGCCGCACCCCUCCUCUCGUCUUUCCGGGCUGAGGGGUUUAAUUUCUCCUCCUCAGGAAGGGAGGACGUGGAUGUGCGUACGCUUGGAAAUGGUCGUCCGUUUGCACUGGAGCCGCUAAAUCCUCACAGAACCAGGUUCAAUAAAGCAGAGGUCCGACAGCUGCAGGAGACCAUCAACCAGUCCUCAGACAAAAUCAGAGUACGAGAUCUACAGAUUGUAUGCAGAGAUGCUAUGGGCCACAUGAAGGAGGGUGAGGAGGACAAGACCAAGUCGUACACCGCCCUCAUAUGGACCCAGAAAGCUAUUGACAAAGACGACAUCACGUUCUUAGAGGAAACCAAGGAGUUGAAGCUAGCUCAGAAGACGCCACUAAGAGUGUUGCAUUGCAGGCCGCUGGCCGUCAGGGAGCGCGUCAUCCACACCAUGAGUACAUGCUUCCUGGACACGCAUCACUUCCACCUGAAGCUGCGCACGCAGGCAGGGACUUACAUCAAGGAGUUUGUCCACGGAGACUUUGGUCGCACCAAGCCCAAUCUGUGUGAUCUGCUGAAGACUGAGACUGAUAUCCUAGAGCUGGACGUUGAUUCUGUAGAUGUGGACUGGCCACCCUCCAUCCCGGAAUGAGCCUCGUCUCACUGAUGCUGUUGAGGAUGCCAAAAGGAGCCCUAAUUCUUUCUGAUGGGCCAUACCUUCACCUAUUGGACCCCCACCACCACCAACUCUGUUUAGCUCAGUUCCACUGAUCUCUAGAUGAUAUGGAUAGUGUCAAUAUAUUUGUUUGGUUUUUCUUUCAAUACAGAUUAUGUUGAAAUGACUGAAUCUGUACAGCACGUGCGCUGAGCUGAGGCCUUGAACUGAUCUUAGAUAUACAUGUCUUUGAGAGCCGUAGCAGGGACUGGGUGUGAAUGGCACCGCUGACGGAAAGAACUACAAUCCAAGUUAAUUGCACUCACCUGGUGUCCCAAGUCUGAAUUAGUCUCCUAUUAGGAGAGGAUGAAAACCAGAAGUGUUUUGGCCCUCCAGGACAGACAUUGAACAGCCCUUUUAUAGAGCAUAGGGGUAGUAUAUGGUCAGUAUUUUGUGUGUAUUUCCCUCAAUUGAUUUACAGAGGUUUUUGUUCAGCCUUAAAAUAAAUUGUUUACCUAUGGAUUGUCCCAUAGGCAAAAGGAGAGCAAUGCUAUACUUUUUUUUGUAUGAAUGAAAAUAUUUGAAUGUGAUGUCUCCCAUCAGCGUAAUGCUCCCCUAUUGUACAUCCCAUCCAAAUAAAGGCCUGGGACAUGUUCAAUUGUGCACACAAUGGAAACAUGUUUGGAACGGAAAACCAAAACAUUUUGUUUCAUAUUGGACAAGUCCAGGUAUGGUGCUUUUCCAUUUUGACUUACCCCCACACCAAUGUGUCGCCAGUGUUUUAUGUUAAAGGGAAACGUGAGGAUUUUGGCAAUCUACUUCCCUGGAGUCACAGGAACUCAUGGCUACCAUUUGUAUGUCUCUGCGUGCAGUUUGAAGGGAGUUGCUAACCAUUGCUACCGCAAUUGCUAACUAGCGUUAGCGCAAUGACUGGAGGUCUAUGGGUAGCAGAUAGCGCAAUGACAAGGUCUGGGUAACGCCAGUUAACAUUUUCUCGUGAAACUACCUCUAGCUUCCUUCAUAUUGGACAGAGAAAUUGUAUCCACAAGUUCAUGUGACUCUGGGAAAGUAGAUAAAGGGUCUCAUUGCCAAAAUCCUGAUGUAUCUCUUUAAUGUAAGCUCUAGUGUGUUGUCCAUCAGGUGUGUGACACUAAAGACUUGUGGCGAGCAGAAUCACAAACCUCUGCAUCAUUCAAGACUGUUGCUUUUUGAGGUGUAAAAGUUCAGAGUUAACCAUUUAUGUAAAUCCAAGCUUAAAAAGUACCCAGUGCCUUGGCUCCAAGUCAGAGCAGGUCCGUCGGAGCAAUGGCCCAGUGAGACACGGGUGUCAGCCCACGUAGAUGGAAAAUUCGAUUUACCCCAGUGUUUUACCCAAAAACAUAUCAGUGGAAAUGCGCCAGUAGUUUCUUCCUCCCGGUUUUAUUUUAUUUGGUUCCUAAUGAACAUAACACUGGAUGAGACCCUUGCUGAACAUUGUUUAGGGUAUUGCUUUCCAAAGGGUACACACUCAUUGAAAUAUCAGAAGGGGGAUUAAAAUAAAACACUGAUUUACACCAUGAAAAACCCUGAAAUGUAUUCUUUAAUUUAAUUCAAAAUAAAUACUACCACGGCA